AUGUCUUCCGCCAAAUCUCGCCUGUCCGGUUUGGCAGCACACUUCCUCUCCUCCGGUCCCGGCACGACCUCUCAGAACAAACCAAUCGACAAUCUCAGCAUCGACCACCAUAAAGUUGGCACCUCAUCGUGGUUCAAUAACCAUACGCUCUCCCCCACAUUCUUUCUUCCCCGCGCCGCGGCCAUCGAGCCAAAUGCGCCGGCCAUCUACCACCGUACCGCUAACAACAAGAUCCUCCGUCGCACAUACAUUGAGUUCGCUGAUCGUGCGAGAGGAUUCGCAUACUACCUCAGGAAGAAAGGGUACAAAAGAGUGGGAAUACUGUGCACCAACACCCCGGCCUUCCUCGAGGCUGUCUAUGGGAUCGGCGGAGCUGGUGCCAUCAACAUUGCCAUCAAUUAUCGGCUUAAAAAGGAUGAUAUAGCGUACAUUUUCGACCAUGCCGAUGCCGAUGCCAUUGUGGUCGAUGCCGAGUUCCUUCCUCUUCUCGACGACUACAAACAAAUGCAUCCCAAUGUGCCUCUGAUCAUCGACACAGACACGGAUGCUAUGGAGGGCCAAUUGUGCGGGCCAUUCGACGAGGCCGUUCUUGAAGGCCUCCGGUACGACCACACCCGAGGCUCUCACGGCUGGAAUGGUCUUGAAGCACAGGCACCCGACGAACUCGCCGUGAAUGCCCUAGCAUACACAUCUGGCACCACCGCUCGUCCCAAAGGCGUCGAAUAUACCCAUCGAGGCUCCUACCUAGGGGCAUUGGGCAAUGUCAUUGAAUCUGGACUCGCUUAUCACGAUGGUGAACGUUGCAAGUAUUUAUGGACGCUUCCCAUGUUCCACGCCAUGGGCUGGACGUUUCCAUGGGCUGUGACAGCUGCGAGAGGGACACAUUAUUGCCUGCGCAAGAUCGACUACCCUGAAAUAUGGCGCUUGCUGAAGGAUGAAGGAAUCACACAUUACUGCGCCGCACCAACGGUGAAUACGUUACUGUGCGCUGAUUCCAAUGCGGUCAAACUCCCCAACCCAGUGAGGGUGACAGUGGCGGCAAGUCCACCAACAGCACACCUGUUUGAACAAAUGACGAAUCUGAACCUGCAUCCAGUACAUGUCUACGGGAUGACCGAGACAUAUGGCCCAAUCACCAAGGGAUACGUUCUGCCCGAAUGGAAUAGCUUCCCGAACGUGAAGGAUAAAUAUGCCAAAAUGGCUCGACAAGGUCACGGGUUCGCCACAUCUUUGCCGGUCAGGGUGAUCAAGACAGAUGUUCCCGAAGGUACGAUCGUGAACGUUGAAAUGAACGGCAAGGAGAUUGGUGAGAUUGUGUUCAACGGAAACAUUUGUGCGAGAGGUUAUUACAAAGACGAAGGUGCAACAAGGAAGCUGUUUCUAGGCGGCGUUUUGCACUCGGGUGAUUUGGCUGUGUGGCAUGAAGAUGGAGCCAUUCAAAUUUUGGAUCGUGCAAAAGACAUUAUUAUCUCUGGCGGCGAAAAUAUUUCUUCCGUUGCACUCGAGUCUAUGCUCGUGACACAUCCGGAUAUUCUUGAAUGUGGUGUGGCCGCUGUCAGUGACAGCCAUUGGGGUGAGCGACCCAAGGCGUUCAUCACCGUCAAGCCAAACGCCAACGUGACGGGCGAAGAUAUCAUCAAAUGGUCCCGUGACCAUCCCGGGAUCAGCAGAUUCAUGGUACCUCGAGAAGUCGAGAUCGUCCCAGAACUGCCCAAGACCAGCACUGGGAAAAUCAGAAAAAAUGUACUGAGAGAAUGGGCCAAGGGCGGCAAAAGAGGGGGGGAGUGA